AUGCUGCGGAAGGACAAAGGCAAGUCAAUCGCCGGCGGAGAAGAGAAUGUAGUCGAGGGUUCUGGUCCACGACAUGCUAGAUCACGCGGCAUUAACGCGUCGAUUAGGAGAGAUAGGGGGCCGGGGAUUAGUAUACGGGAAGGUAGUUCUUUACCGGAGCGCGACAGAGAAGUGGGUAGUUCUGGGACUUAUUUGGAUGAGCGGGAGGGAUCCGGUCCUAAUCCUUUGUUGAGGACUACUAGCUCGGUUUCGGGUUCAGGUUCGAGAUACGAUGAUGAUGGACCUGAGGACGAUGAUGCUAAUGCUGAUGCUGAUGCUGAGGAGCAGCCGACUGUCGUGACGAGAGGUCCUGAUGGGAGAUUUACGAGUUCACGACCACCUCGAUCUGUAGCGCCUUGGCUUGUUCAGGGGCCGAUGGACGGUGGACCCGAUGUUGGGACCGUUAUUCCUAUUUUUGGGGCCCAUGUUGCUCGAUAUAUUUGGGACGGGCAUGAUCGACGGUUUUUGCGGUGUCAUACUAGAGCUAGUGUGUGUAGAUUGUUGAGUGAAUGGAUGGAGGGAUUUACGGCAGACACUGCUACGCGGAUACGACAGACUGGGUUGUCGCACCUGCCAAGCAUUAUGCACGACCACCUUAAUUUUCCGCUGAUUUCUGCUUUUGUGGAGAGAUGGCAGCCAGAUACAAACACCUUCCACCUACCUUUUGGUGAGAUGACCAUCAUGUUGCACGACGUUUACCACAUACUUGGUAUUCGGGUUGAAGGUGAUAUAGUUGCCGAGGAUCUAUCUAGUGACCAGUAUAGGACAUUUGCAGCUGAGUUGUUACAGUUGACUACAGAGGAGCUACAGGUCAAGACUCAGACUGCCAUAUAUAGGAAUGGUGGCGUCCAUACUGACCAGAUUUUUGAUAGGUAUCGUACUGUAGAGACUACAAAGGAGGUUCAGGUCAUUGGUUACAUGUGGGUCCUUUUGGGUAACACGCUCUUUACUGACAAGAGCGGUUCUCGUACCCACCCUUCUUUUCUCACUGAGUUGUGUGUGGAGCAUAACCUGGAGAGGUUGACGAGAUACUCCUGGGGUUCAGCCACACUAGCGUACUUGUAUCGUCAGCUCGGGCAUGCCACCCGAAAUGGAUGUGAUUCUAUCGUGGGUUGUCUAACUCUUCUCCAGUCUUGGAUAUAUGAGUACUUUCCAUGUUUUCGGCCUCACCAGGGUGUGUUGACACGAGACGUUCCAUAUGCACGUGCAGGGUUAUGGGAUGUUGGUAUGGCGCGGAAGCAUCAACAGCGUCUCGUGUCCUUUCGUACUCGACUUGACCAGCUGGGUGACCAUGAGGUAUGCUGGUUGCCGUACGGAGCUUUUCCAGCAUUACAGGUGCCUAGGACUGCGUUCACUGGAUUUAUUCGAUAUCGAGGCAUCAUAGAGCCAUAUAUGCCCGGUCGAGUUGUUCGACAGUUGGGGUUUAUACAGGAGGUUCCCGGUGACAUGAUUAGGCCUGAUGAUGCUCAUAGACCAGUUAGUGUUAAGUCUUAUAGGGUCAGUUUUUCAGCUCAGAUGACUACUCGCAUGUGGAAUGGUUUUGUUCCCGGUGCUGCGUUCAGUCUUCUGCUUGGUGGAUAUACUAGAGUUCCGCCUGGCGGACAUACUUGUGCACCUGACUACCUAUCAUGGCUUAGGAGAGUUAGUCAUCCUAUCGUCGCUCCUAAUGUUGAGGAUGAUCAUGGUCUUCCUUAG